UGUCACACCGUCACUGUCAAAUUGGUAAACAAAAUCAAUUAAAUCAAAUCAACAAGUUCCGACAAGACUCAAGACCCAUAAAACUAUUCUGAUCCAUUGCCCUUUAUAAUGGAACAAAAUAUUAAAAAUAACACGUCCAUCACAAAAUUCGACUUAAAAGGCAAAACGCUGUAUGUUAAAGUGUUAUGGAAACACAAUAACCAUGACUUAUUUCACAUCAAGAUUUUUGACGGCGAAGUAUCAUGGUCAGGAAAAUUCACAAACGACUUUGCAAAAAAAUACAGAGAACGGUUUGAAGAAACUGAGGAACAGUACAUUAAACAGGUUAAAAAGAACUUGAAAGGACGUGACCAUAGUGGUUUUACUUAUGAUUUUACAGUAAAUCCAGACGAUAACGACUCCGCUACGUUCACUUGGAAGAAAAAGUUUCAAGACUCAAUGCAUGGACUCGCUCUCCUCGUCCACGGCUCUGUGACAGUACACCGCGACACUACCAAGGAGUCUAAAGACCUGCUCCUAGACUUUUUAAUAGAAGAGAAUAAAGAACUAAGAAAUGUGAUACAGGAUUUAAACGGGAAAAAUGAUGUUAUCGAUACAGAUUUGAUGAAAUGCAAGGCUGAAUUAGAAAAGUUUGUCAACAUAAAAUCCUCUUUGGAGACAAGCCUUUAUGGGAAGUUUGUGCAGCUGCUGAAUGCUAAGAAAAGAAGAAUACAGGUUAUGGAAGGGGGCUUACGGAAUUUUUCUGAUGUUUUGGCUACCAAUGACCAAUAAUUGAGAAGACAUGAUAGUAGCAUGAAGUAGACUAUCUUUCCAGUUUCCUAUGCAUUUGUUUCUUGAACUCGCCUACAAUUGUUAUUCUCAAAAACUUAUUCAAAUAUAAACUUGUGUUAGCAAAGAAUGAUGUUACCUUUAUUAAAUGUUUAUUAUGAAAUGAGAGAAAAAUGGAAUAAAACCACAAACAUAGAUAAUAAAUUAUAUAUUUUUAUAAAAAA